GAUCCAUCAAUAGCAUGGGCUCAUUGGGCUGGGAUUCCACUACAAGCAAGUCUACAAAACACCAGCCUGCUUUCUUCACAGUUUAUUAGUUUCAUACAUGCUGAAACUAGCAGGUGGUGAGAACAGUGGGGUUUCCACGGAUUACAGUUUGCCCUGGAUCUUGUAAAAAAAAAAAAAAAAAGCUAAUUGUCAAGAUGGAAAUGUCCAAUUUCACACUUUUUGACCCGCGAUGCAGGCAAGAGGCUCCGUUCGCUAUCGCUGUUAUUAUGCAGCUGGAUAUCUUUGGCAUUGUCCUCUUCUCUGUACUGACUUUAAUGGCCACAGUGUCCAUGCUGGUUUUCAUUGAAGAAUGCAUAUACAUCUAUAAGAAAGUACCUCCAAAUAAGAAAAGUGUAAUCAUCUGGGUCACUGGAGCAGCACCGGUCAUUGCUACCAUGUCUUGUUUGGGAAUGUGGGUUCCAAGGGCCACAAUGUUCACUGAUAUGACAUCAGCCACAUACUUUGCAAUUGUGGUCUUUAAGUUCCUGAUUCUCAUGAUUGAAGAGGUCGGAGGAGACGAUGCAUUUCUCAGGCGCUCAGAGGAUAAGUCAUUAAAGAUCAGCACGGGACCUUGUUGCUGCUGCUGUCCGUGUCUGCCAAACGUCCCCAUCACACGACGAUCUCUGUUCAUAUUGAAACUGGGGUCCUACCAGUUUGCGCUGUUGAAAUUGGUCUUAACCAUCCUUUCUAUAGUCCUCUGGACGAAUGGAAACUUCAGUUUAGCUGAGGUUUCAUCCACUGGAGCAGCCAUAUGGAUAAACUCCUUUAUAGGCGUUCUCACCAUUAUCGCCCUUUGGCCUGUUGCAAUCAUGUUCAUGCAUGUGCGAGAGGCAUUACGCACCCUUAAAAUGGUCCCUAAAUAUGCCAUGUAUCAGUUGGUGCUGAUUCUCAGCCAGCUGCAAACUGCUGUCAUCAACAUACUGGCAAUGAACGGGACUAUUGCCUGCGCACCACCCUACACGUCCCAGGCCCGUGGAUACAUGAUGAGUCAGCAGCUGUUGAUUGUGGAGAUGUUUAUCAUCACGCUAGUGACCCGUGUUUUAUAUAGACGUCAGUAUGACCCCAUACCAGAUCUGGAUGAUGUUGAAGAGACAAAGACUGUCCUCACCCCAUUAAAAGUUGUAGAAAUUGCCUAAGAAGAACAGACUGUUGCGUGUGACUGUUGGGAAAAUCUGUGAACAGUGAUGGUCAAUAACAUUGCAUUUUCAAUAUGUAUGUACAUGCUAGUAUCUAAAAUUUUGUCAGAUCUGUGUUUUUUUUUUUUUACUGAUGUCACUGCGAGUUAUUGGGUCUGAUUUUGAUGUUUACACUUUUUAUUGGGUCCGUCAAUCUGGGGAAUCAGAACUACAAAGCAUUAGUAGAUCUUGUGAGUCAUGGUGCACAUUGCUGAUAAAGUGAAAUCAAAUCUUUUCUAAGGCUGAAGGGUCGGCUGGAUGAAAGGUUUUUUAGAACUGUUUAAAGGUCAGGAUUCAUUUAUGUUGCUAAAUUGAAUGUUGAUAUAUUAUCCUUCAUACUGUAAAAUCUGUCACUUCCUCCUGUUGAAUACAGAUUUUUUUCA